GCAGGCUGACAGCGGAGGCACACUGUGGUGGGUUGGGCUGUGAGCUGUUCAAGAUGGCGGCGCCCUGUGGAGUGCAGCUACUCUAACAGAGGUGCCUGGAGACUGUAUUGGUGGGUGGGUCCCAGGAGUCCUCCAGGCAAGUGGGGACGGACGCCGUGACAGAGACGCUGCCUCCACGUCCAGCACUGCCACCACCAUGGCCAGGGAGCAGCCAAAUGUGGGGGACCUCCUCCCACUCUUGGAGACCUCUGACCUCCACCAGCUAGAAGAGAUCAGAGGCCUUAUCAAUGAGCAGCUCAGCACUGAACGUGGGUCCAUGCUGCUAAACACGCUGGUGGACUACUAUUUAGAAACCAACUCCGCCCAGGCUGUGCAUAUCCUGUCAUCUGUCAGAGAGCCACAUGAUAAGCACCUUCUAGAUAAGAUGAAUGACUGUAUGACCAAACAGGCCUGCCGGCUGCCCACCCUCACUCUGCUCGGCCAUGUAGUCCGCAAGCAGCCGUCCUGGAUCCACAAGAUUGCUCGAUACCCUCUGCUACUCUCACUGCUCAAAUGCCUAAAGACAGAUACAGAUGUAGUUGUGCUUAUCACUGGAGUGCUGGUGCUGAUCACUCUGCUGCCCAUGAUCCCUCAAGCUGGGAAACAACACCUGUGGGAGUAUUUUGACAUCUUUGGCCGUUUGGCAUCGUGGAACCUGAAAAAUCCAGGCCAUGUUUCAGAGGUUUACCUAAUCCACCUACACGCCAGCGUCUAUUCCCUCUUCCACCGUCUCUAUGGCAUGUACCCUUGCAAUUUUGUGUCCUACCUGCGCUCCCAUUACAGCAUGAAGGAGAACAUGGAAACCUUUGAGGAAGUAGUUAAGCCGAUGCUUGAACACGUUCGCAUUCAUCCAGAAUUGGUGACGGGAACCAAGGAUCAUGAGCUUGACCCCACCAGGUGGAAAAAGUAUGAAAUCCAUGAUAUCGUCAUUGAAUGUGCCAAAGUGUCUCUAGACCCCAAGGAGGCUUCCUGCGAGGAGGGCUAUGCCACCAUGCCUGAGAACUUUUACCCCCAAAUCCACCUGCGACCACAGGACUGCACUUCCAGCCCCUACCCAGACCUCCACAGUAGCUAUGGAAGCACUUCUUCAACCCCAUUUUCAACUCCACGACAGCCUCUACCCCCACCCCUGUCCUUGCCCCCCUUCUCAGGGACACAAUCCUCGUACCGCAGCCCACAGACCUCCAGACGGCAGAACUCCUGUGAAUUAAAUUCCUCCUGUGGUGGGAAAGACCCUCUGUGGAGCCCCUCCUCAUUGUGUGGCAUGACUACACCCCCUUCCUCAAGGGGCAUGUCGCCCAACUUGGAGCUCUCCCACAGUGCCUCACAUCUUCCCACCCGCUUCCACUGCACAUCAGGAGGAAAAGGAACGCCUGCCUCCAGCACCCCAGCCACAUCUUCUCCGCCUCCCACCUUAUCAGAUGACUUUCCUGUAAUCUCCUUACCAGCCAACACAGUACAGUCCAGUCCACCAAGAAAAGAUCGGAGACAUGGGGAAGGCACAAAGCCCACACUGGUGAGACAAGACCCAGUAAAAGAGCCUGAGAAGAGUUCAGAAGUGGCCACAAGCAAAGAUGCAGGGGCUGCAGAGAACAUCUCCAUGACUCUGACAGAGCUUUCAGUUUUCAUGAAGAAACAGGAGUUGGAGCUGCAGCUGAGAACAGAGAAAGAAAAAGAGAAGGAAGAGGCUGCCAUCACAGAGGAGCUAUGGAAGCUCACUGAAGAAAAGCUGGAGCUGUCGGGUGUCAGGGGCUUUGACUCCCCUUUCUAUCACACCACUGAAACGCUGACUGGCUGUCAGACACGAGACAAGACCCGCUCCAGCACCCAGCCUGGAGGCACCGUCCGGGACACCCAUCAUGCUGUAUCAACACCAGAUAAAGCGGAGAACACCGUGUGUAGCAGCACUGUUGGCAGUGAAAGAGGAGCGGGAGCAGGAGAAGGAAGGAAUUCAGCUGUUGGCCUGGAGCAGUCAUGCUCCUUUCACACAUGUUUUACUCCUAUUGAGCACCACCUGCACCAAAGCCCCUCUGUCCCGGAUGAUGAAGUGACUAAGUUUGGGAUGUUCUCCCCGAGUCCGUGCAGCAAGACGCCAGCCCCGGUUCCCUAUGAGUCAUUUUUUGAUCUGGCCUUGCCGAGGGCAGCUUCACUCUUUGUGCACCAGAAGACGUCAGAGGUGGCGCACAAGGUCACCAUGGAGAGACUUUUGCAGCGGGAAGAGGGGUUGGAGGAUGGAGAGGAGGAAGGGGUAGUGUCUGCUUCACCACUGGAGGUGCUGGAUCGCCUUGUUCAGCAGGGAAGUGACGCCCACGACAAAGUUCUCAAGAGAUUACCUUUGCCAAGUAAGUCAGCUGACUGGACACACUUUGGAGGCUCAGCUCCGCUGGAUGAGCUUCACACGCUGCGCAGCCAGCUGCUCCUGCUGCACAACCAGCUGUUGUACGAGCGCUACAAGAGGGAGCAACACGCCGUCCGCAACCGACGCCUCCUCCGACGCAUCAUCAAUGCCACCGCACUAGAGGAGCAGAACAACGCCAUGAAGGACCAGCUGAACCUGCAGAGUGUGGACAUCCUAUCUCUAAGGGAGAGCUUGCAAGUGGAGCAGCAGCGAUACAGGCAGCUGUGGGAGGACCGGGAGACGGUGGUGACCAGGCUGCACAGUCAGAUCAGACAGCUGCAGCAGGGUCGAGACGACUACUACACCAAGAACCAGGAGCUCCAGAGCAAGCUGCAGGAGUAUCAGAAGAAGAUGGAUGAACUGGAAGCUGAGCUUCAAAGGGCCAACAACAAAGUUUGUCACACUGGUCACCUCCUGAAUCAGAUGACUAUCAAGCUGAGCAACAGCGAGAGCACCCAGCAGCAAAUGAGCUUCCUGAACAAGCAGCUGCUGCUCCUCGGGGAGGCACAUAAGUUGUCCAUGCAGGAAUUACAGCACGCAGACGCCAAUAACACAAAGGAGGCCCAGAUGCUGCAGGUGUCUUACGGAAAGGAGGUGGAGACUCUACGGCAGAGUCUGCUGGUUCAGGGUCAGAAACUCGAGGCAGCGCAGCAGAGAGUCGCCGAGCUGGAGACGCUUCUCUCCAAGAAGGAACACCUUAUUGCAGAGCAAAAGAAGUUCCUCGAGGACGUAAAAUGUCAAGCAAAGGCUGAGCUGCAGGCCUCAGACAGCAGGUAUCAGGCUCAGAGGAGAAUCACUCAGCUGCUGCAGACUGAACUCCUGCAGCUCUACAGCAGAGUAGAGAUGGAGGCUCCAGCCAGCACCACCUCCUGCUCACCACCAGAGGGCAGAGAUGACCCACACAUGCCUUGUGACUCCAGUGGCAUCGUGCCAGAUGGACCAAGUAACAUUCACAACAACGAGGACACAGACAGCAGACCACCACAUGACUCCCCUCAUGGCAAUGGCAGCACUUUAUCGCCAGGGCAACCAAAGGCGAGCAACUCUUCCAAGUCAACAGCAAACUCCAUCAACGGCAGUCAGGAACUUGCCCCACCCCUGCUGGUGGAGCCCUCCCUGUCCUGCCCUCACGCCAGCCUGCUCACUCCCCUGGCUGCCUCAGACACACCACUCACCGUGGGCUCCUACCCCAGUGCCAAGAGCUUCCUGGGCAUGAGGGCACGUGAGCUGUUCCGCAACAAGAGUGAGAGCCAGUGUGAUGAGGAUCAGCCACCUCCUCGCCUCGCUGGCCUCGCCCACGGCCUGAAGACUGAGCUGUGCGUGGAGUCGAUAAGCCCAAGUUAUAUUGCCCCAGUCAGCCCCGCACCUUCGCCCAUCCCUCCCCCUCCCCCUGUUACUCCUCUCACUGUGCCCACCAAGGAGCCCGCCUCUGAGCCGAAGCAGCAGAGGGCUUCCAGGCAGGAAAGUCUCUGCAGAAAGACAGGGGCGGGGCCUGGUGGUGGGAGGGUACAGGUAGGGUCAAGUCGCCCCCGGCAGCAGCAGCUUAAGAUCAUGGACUAUAACGAGACCCAUCAUGAGCACAGUUAGGGACAUAGGACUGAGCUGGUAUGAAGGGAGACUGAAAUUUAAUGACGGAGAAGAGCUACAAAAUCGACAAGAGGAACAUGUCAGCAAUUCAGUGUUAUUUGUCCCAUUCCCUAAGUGUCACUCUGGGUGGACAACAGGAUUUUCACCCCAAGUUCUUCUACUUAUGAUUGAUUUUGGGGGUUUUUUUGUUUGUGUUUUUUUCAUAAUGCUUUAUUUCCCUGAAGAAUUUUGAUAAUGUGAUACAAGCAAUGUCAGCAUGUUACCAGUGAGCACGCUACGCUUGACAAAACAAAGGUGCUGAAAGCUUCACUGACAGGAAGCUGAUAACAGUGAUAAAGAAUCAUGAAGCUCCCUACACAGGACACCUUGACUAUUUACUUUUUAGAAAGUCAGUUCACCUAAAUUGGAGCUACUUUCUAUUGUGGUGGUGUGGCUAUCCACAGUAACAGACGGUUUGUUGUUGAAAUAUUUAGAGAUCAUGUCUAAAAGCUGUGAGCAAAAUUCCACUCAUCACUAUUGCAUAAGCUGAGAAGGCAGAAACUGUCUCUUUGACUGUAACUGAAGGCACAAGUCAGAAAACCUGAAUUUUGGGUAAACUGACAGCUUACUCACUUUUUUUUUUUUCUUCUUGUUUUUGUUUGAAACAUUUUCUUUUUUUCCUAUUUAAAUGGUAGCAAUUCUAAAAAAAAGAAAACACUGUUUAUUUUUCAUCAGUUAUCACUUCUAAUCAAAGUUCGAAUAUAAGUUCGCUUGAGUUUUUGGUUUGUUCCAGUGACAUUUUGAACCCACACUUUAUUGUUCCUGUGUUUAAGCAGAACAUUUCCGACAAACCUUUACGUUUUUGUUAAAAGGAAAAUUGGUUUUGCAUCCAAAUGUUUAAGUGUAGGUGCUGCGGACACACAAAAAUGAUUAUUUCCACAAAAAAGGAAAGUGAGUGAAUGAGAUUUGGAAACUGGUAACAUUUUUAUGAAUUUUUAUGAAUGCUACAUUUUCUACACCCCCUGCCCCCCCCCCCCCCCCCCUUUUUUUUUUCUUUUUCUUUUUUUUUAAAUUUUGGGGUACAUGAACUAAAAUUGAAUCAGACCUGACAGGGUUGCACGACCCAGGUUUUAUCACAACAUUCAGUUCAAUACGAUUAUUUUGAAAGUGCCAAGCAAUAUAUUUGCAUUCUGGCUGACCUCAGUCAUCUCUAAACAUAAGUGUUGUUUCUCAACUUGUUCACUACGCUUGAAAACAGACAUAUUCUGUCCGAUGGGUUUUCCUUUCUGCAGGUCUGAUAAACAUGGAGUAACCUGUUCCCCUUUUGGAAGUAUUAGAAGUAAACUCUGGCUGUGGAAGUCCAUCUAAAUCCUGUUGUCCACCGGGAACUCCUGCUGUUUUUUCCUUCUGCCUCGCUAUCUAAAGCAUGUUCAACAAUCCACUUUAAAUGCCAACCAUAGUAUCUACAGCAAACCAAGACAGAAGAAACCAAGACAGAAGGUACAAUCAGCACAAACUGAAGGAAGAAAUCAGGACUCUCACCGGAGCUGGAGAAUCUGGGACAAAAUGGCAAAAAAGGAAGUUCGUAAAGCAGUGGCUUGUGUUUAACUGUGAACAAUAAAGAUCGUCUUCAAUGUUUUGCACUACA